UAGGAAUUCAUCUCCACACCUCUCUUAUCUUUCCUAAUUUCUUCCCUCCAAAUCCUCUCUACUAAAUUAAAUAAAUAAAUAAUAAAAUAUUGAAUUAAAAUAAAAUAAAAAAAUCAGAAGGAACCUGAAGCUCACAGUAACUCAUCUUCAACCACAGGUUCCUUCCCGGAAAACAGAGGAAAAGGAUCUCUCCUUGCUUCUCCCGGGGAAAAUGGGUAGCAAGAUGUUGUUCAAUUUGACAAGCCCUCGACUUUUCUCCGCCGUUUCUCGCAAACCCACCACUUCUUUCUCUUCUCCUUCUCCUCCGUCGUCGUCGUCGCCGAGGACUCAAUGGGAUCAGCUCAGCCCUGGAAGAUCGAUUUCCUUGAGAAGAAGAUCCUUCUUAUUGCCUGCAAAAGCCACCACAGAGCAAUCAGGUCAAGUAGGAGGAGAGGACGUGGAUAGCAAUAUCAUGCCUUAUUGUAGCAUCAACAAGGCUGAAAAGAAAUCAAUUGGUGAAAUGGAACAAGAGUUUCUCCAAGCGAUGCAAUCUUUCUAUUACGAUGGCAAAGCGAUCAUGUCUAAUGAGGAGUUCGAUAACCUUAAAGAAGAGUUGACGUGGGAAGGAAGCAGUGUUGUGAUGCUAAGUUCUGAUGAACAAAGGUUCUUGGAAGCUUCAAUGGCUUAUGUUUCUGGAAAUCCAAUCCUGAAUGAUGAAGAAUAUGAUAAGCUGAAACUUAAACUAAAGAUGGAUAGUAGCGAGAUUGUGUGCGAGGGUCCAAGAUGCAGUCUCCGUAGUAAAAAGGUGUAUAGUGAUCUUGCUGUAGAUUAUUUCAAAAUGCUUUUGCUGAAUGUUCCAGCGACCGUUGUUGCUCUCGGCCUAUUCUUCUUCCUGGACGACAUUACAGGCUUUGAGAUCACAUACAUCUUGGAGCUUCCAGAACCAUACAGUUUCAUAUUCACUUGGUUCGCUGCCGUGCCUUUGAUUGUAUAUCUGGCUCUAUCAAUCACCAAACUGAUCAUCAAAGACUUCUUGAUCUUGAAGGGUCCUUGUCCGAAUUGCGGAACGGAGAAUGUCUCCUUCUUUGGAACAAUUCUGUCAAUAUCCAGUGGCGGUAAAACAAACGCUGUUAAAUGCACAAACUGUGGAACCGCGAUGGAGUUUGACUCUGGUUCUCGGUUGAUCACAUUGCCAGAAGGAAGCCAAGCUUGAAACCCUGUGAGCAAGAUGAAGAUGGAAGAAAAAGAAAGAAUGGGGCUUUGUCAGAAGCAAAAAUAGAUUUGAUGCUGUAUAUUUAUGAUCCUCCAUGUUAGCUCUCUCCUCCUUCACAUGUUUUCUGCUUUGUAAGUAUUGUGUAAGCAAUAAGAGAACUAUUUUAUGAAUACUUCUUUCAUCAUCCUUUUAUGGGAAAUACAAAUCAUUAAUAUGUUAAAUGAAAUCAACCAAAUCCAAGAAAAAAUAAAUAAAAACUUCCCCAAUCAAAUUCUAA